AUGGGAGACGAGUGGCCAUUGGUGGCCGAUGGUGUGAGGGCCCACCUUCAGAGGGUCUACAGAACCCCGCUGCGCUUGGAUGCAGCAUUUGAUUCUGAUGAAGAGUGUUUGCAACUGGUUGCAGCAGAGUUUCCAGACAUGGUAGGUGAAGAUUUGGUUAACACUGUAGCACAGAUAGGAAUUUGGAAAGAGUCCAUGGAGCGUCCUUUCAAGCGCACUCGGAAAGAGCUGGCACAUCAGGUUUUGUUUCGUCUUCCUUUUCCUGGCCAGGCUUCAGUUCAGGAUGAGUACAACCGGUUGACACAGACCAGUUCCAUUUGCAUUCUUGAGAUGCACAUCAAGCGGAAGCAGAAGAAGCAUCGGGAGGACCCUGCUGAUGCAAGAGCCCGUCGUUUCGAUGCAGAGCGUCGCAAGUAUGCAAGGCUUCUAUCUCAAGUCAUCAUCCAAGCCGAUCUUCCGAUUGUACAGCUUGUCAAGACCUUGGACGAUCCAGAAGCUGGCUGGCUGCACAUUUUCGCAGCUCGGAGAGGCAACACUUUGAAGAACAGGUACAAGGUCUGGAGGCCAUUCGAGAUGUGGCUGGAGUGGCAUAGAGGUUACCUCUUUCCCAGAGGGGUCAAGGAUGUCAUUGACUACAUGCAGCACAGGGUCGAUGACGGAUGCGGCAGGACUGUGCCGCAGGCUCUCCACACUGCCCUGGCUUUGAUUGAGAGCUUGGGGCGUGUCCCGGAGGGUUCCAAGAUCUCAGAAGAUCCCCUUUGGCUGGGGCAUGUCAAGUCAUGGAGUGCAGAACUUUCUGAAGAUGCUCCCCCACGCAAACCAGCAGAGAUGUACACGACUGCAAUGGUGCUGUCCUUGGAGCUCACAGUGGUUUGCGAGACAGAGCCCUUGUUUGUCAGGGCUUUGAGUUGGGUGGUGCUCUGCAUGAUUUGGGGAGCUAUGAGAUGCGAUGAUGUACAAGCAGUGCUGCCAAGCCGCACAGUCCUUUCAAAUUACGGGUUGAGGCGCACUGCCGUGGGCUGGGAGCUCAUGCAGGCCAGCCUCCUACUCCCAGAUGGGUUGGAGACCUUCUUUUCUGGCCAUAGCCCGAGGAAUUACUUGACCUCAGUGGCAGCAGCACUUGGCUUCCACAAGGAUGAGCGAGCCUACCUUGGGCGUUGGAGCAUGGGAAUGGUCUCAUCAGAGGAGUACGUCAGGACUUCUCGUCAGGUGGUCUUCAAGAUCCAACGGGAGGUCAACCGAGCUUUGGAUGAGAACAUCGACAGGUUGGCUGACUUUGCAGCUGAGUCCGGAGCGAACAAGAAGAGGCACACGGUGUUGGUCCCCUAUUUGGAAAAGGUCUCACUGGGCGGUGUUUACCCAACCUUGGAAGUCAUGCCGGGGGAUUGGGACCCCGACACACACGGCGAGACCGAGGAGGCGAUUGCUGGACAGAUUGCAGCUCAGAGCCUCAAGGAGUCGAUGGUGCAGUCUGGACCCUCGAAGUUCUUCAUCACGGUGUCGAGGCGUGCUGGUCUCAAGAGGCUCCAUCUCACCGGGUGUUUUGUACGCCCAGAUCGGUGUUGCGAGGUCAUCCAUUUAGAUGUGGUCGGCCAAGAUGAUUUCGAUGCCAUUUGCCAGGCGUGCCGCAGAAAGAUGUUGGCCGAAAGUGGCAAAGAUGGGGGCGAGCUGUCGUCCUCGACGGCAUCUUCGUCUUCAACGGAGUCUGUUGCCAGCAGUGGCAACGAGCCGCUAGGGUGAUCGCAGUUGCGACCUCUUCCG